ACACAUAAUCUUCUCUGCUCGAAUUUUUCUUCAGGUUCCAACGACCGAUAAUUUUUAUAUACGAUUAUGUGCGUUUGGUGGUUCCAAGAAGAUUUUUUGUUUUUGUUCCAUUUUUUUCAUUUCACUUCACUUCAUUUGUUUAGUAGAUUUAUUCUUGGUUUUUUUUCUCAUACCACUCCUUCUAAUCUUCUCUUCAUAAUAAUAUGAUUACCGUGUCUAUUUUUUUUUUUUUUUUUUUGUUGAUUGUCAAUCGAUCUUAUGUAGAUGAUUGUCAUAAAAUCAAAUCCAACAACACUUUGAAGAAUAGAAUUCUAAUCCAUGGAUAACAGAAUUCUUUGAUUAUCCAUUCAAUCGUUCAUAAUUGAUAACAACAACAAUUACAUCGAUCGAUAUCAAUGUUGAUUAAUAUAAAAACAACAACAACAACAGCGAUAAUGGAAUCAUCAUCAUCAUCAUUGGUUAUUGUGGAACAUUCUAAUAUAAUUAAUGAUACAAAUCAAACAGAAGAAUUAUAUAUGAGUUCAAAGAUUGUUGUCAUUAUUUAUAGUAUUCUAUUCAUUAUAUCAAGUAUCGGUAAUACAACCGUUUUUAUUUCGUUAAUCAAAAAUCGUCAUCGAAAAUUGCGUAUAAAUCUAAUGAUUUUAAAUCUAACUAUUGCCGAUCUUAUUGUCACUUAUAUAAUGAUACCGAUGGAAAUUUGUUGGCGUAUUACAAACGAAUGGCUAGCUGGUGAUGUUGUUUGUAGAAUUAUGCAAGCAUUCCGUGCAUUUGGCCCAUAUUUAUCCAGUAUGGUAUUAGUAUGUAUAUCAUUGGAUCGUUAUUUUGCCGUCAUACAUCCAAUGAAAGUUAAUGAUGCACAACGUCGUAGUAAAAUUAUGUUAACAUUUGCAUGGUUGACCAGUAUUGCUUGUAGUGUACCACAGACAAUUGUAUUUCAUACUGAAUCACAUCCACAGUAUCCAGAUUUUGUACAAUGUGUAUCAUAUAAUUCAUUAACUGAAAGACAAGAAAUACUUUAUAGUACAUUUGGUAUUGCUGCAUUAUAUCUAAUACCAUUGGUCAUUAUUAUUUUCUGUUAUGCAAGAAUUAUAUGGGAAAUAUAUAAAAGAUCCAUACAAUCAUCGAAAGAUAAUCAAAAAAAUAAUGAUGUUACGAAGAAGACGAAUAAUAAUUCGAUGCUUAUUAAUAAUAAUAAUAAUAAUAAUUUAAUCACAAAUCAAGAAUGUCAUCAAACAAAUUCUAUUGGUUCUAAUAUCGAUGGCCAUUAUGGUUAUAAAAAGAAUAAUAAUAAUAAUAAUGAUCAAAAUAUUAAUAAUAAUCAUCAUGAUGAUAAUAAUCAUUGUAAAAAUCGAUUCCAUUUACGAAGAUCUGAUCAAACACAGAUAGAAAAAUCUCGUAUUCGUACAUUACGUAUGACAAUCAUUAUUGUUAUGGCAUUCGUUUGGUGUUGGACACCAUAUGCAUCGAUUGUAUUGUUAUAUCAUUUCUAUAAACCACAAGUGGAAAAUAUGCCAAAAGAUUUAAAAGAUGCAUUAUUCAUGUUUGCUGUUAGCAAUUCCUGUGUUAAUCCACUUGUUUAUGGAUCAUAUACGAUGAAUUUUCGUCAACAUUGUUGCAAUUUUCUAAGAAAAUUAUCAUUCUGGAAACGUAAAACGGUUAAUUUACCACAAUCAAAUCAUUCUAUUUAUUUGGAUGAUCAAACUAGCUAUUCAGGCUUGAAUACAUCAACACCAUUAUAUCAGAAUAAUUAUAAUAAUAAUAGUAUGAUGACUGAUCAUCAAUCACUCGAUUCUAGUUGUUAUUCAGCAAAAUUUUGCCCUACAGAUGAUUGAUUGUUUGAUUAAUUUGAGUGCAACGAAAAAAAAAAACAAUUGAAUAGA